GACUGCACACUUUUCAUUGGAUCUCUGCGAUUCUUUCCUGGCUAACACUUUCUGCUCUCCUCACUCCAAUAUCAAAUUCUGCAAUUACAGCAGGGCAGCUCCAAGCCAUCCACCAGACCUGCAUACUGCACUGUCAGCACUAUUGGAUUUAUUUGAAAGCUAAAACAAAAACUUCCACUUCCACUUUUUCCAGAUUCAGUUAAAUAGUAUCUUUAUAUUUUUAUUUAAUUAGAAACAAUGUCACUGAGGGUUGGCCUUUGGCCCCUGUUGCUUCUUUGGGUCUCACCUGGCUUGUUUUCUAAGGAGGUCCAGCCCUCUGAAUACGACUACGUAGGCUUUCAGCCGGAGAUGGUUCGGAAUUACCAAAGCGGAAGGUUCUAUUCAAGGACACCCCAAUGCGUGGACAUUCCCCAAGAACUCGCGCUGUGCCAUGGCGUGGGCUACAACAAGAUGGUGCUGCCCAACCUUCUGGACCAUGAGAGUAUGGUGGAAGUGAAGUACCAAGCCAGCAGUUGGGUUCCCUUGUUGAGCAAAAACUGCCACCCAGGCACCCAGGUGUUCUUGUGUUCACUCUUUGCCCCGGUGUGCCUGGAACAGCCCCUCUACCCGUGCCGAUGGCUGUGCGAAGAGGUGAGAGAUGGUUGCGAGCCGGUCAUGCAGUAUUUUGGCUUUCCUUGGCCGGAAAUGCUUCGCUGCGAUCAGUUCCCGAGGGAGGACGUCUGCAUUGCCUCACCAAAUGCCACCCAGGCCCCACGUCCACGUAGGUCAGAAGUUUGCCCGCAGUGUGACAGCGAGAUAAAAGCGGACUCUCUCUAUGAACACUUGUGUGCCAGUGAAUUUGCCUUGAAGGUUUCUGUGCGAGAGGUGAAGAAGGACAGCGGAGACCGAAAGCUGAUUCUGAAGAAGAAGAGGGCAAUAAAGAAGGGUUCCAUCCCGAGGAAGGAUUGGGUAGACUUGGUCCUUUACCUGAAGAAUGGUGCCAACUGCCCAUGCCCCGAGCUGGAGCAACUGAAUGGCCAGUUUCUGGUUCUGGGGCGGAAGGUGAAGAAUCAACACAUUCUUACCGCAAUCCACAAGUGGGACAAGGCCAAUCGCGAGUUUAACCGUUUUAUGCGCAAAGUGAAGAAGACCAAGUGCCCAAAGCCACACUCGGUGUUCAUGUGAGACUGUUUUCUCAUUUAAAGACAAAGCACGCUCUCCCCCAUAACACGCUGUUUCUGCUACUGGAGCUGGGACUCUGAAGCAGAUCGAAGCACCGAGAUGGUGUUAAGGGGCACAUCAGCUUUACCCCUACCCUAUAUCUCCCACAGACAAUGGGAAAAGGACACCCACUGAGACAUUGAGACUGCUAAAAAGCCGAGAAACGUAUGUCACUCACCUGUAGAAAACAGAUUAUCAUACAUACUAGUAGUCUGUGAUCACUUACAGG